UGCUGCCUGUCUGUGUCCCUGGCAUUUACGUCACUGCUUUAGAGCCCGUCAGCGAUUGGCUAAUCUUCAAUGUACGAGUGGCAACUCGCACGAUGUCAUUGGAUGCCGCUGCUGCCAGUCAUACGCAGGUGUUCCCGUGCAGCCGCAUUGUGGGGAACUGUGAUGAGCCGCGGAUGCCCAGCCGCUGUCGGUCUGGUUUAUGUGCUGGGCGAAGUCGCUGCGGUUUAGGCGAGCCUCGAAUCCCUGAGCAGGAAAAUGGGAGAUGGCUGUACGGGCAGGGAUUGCGUUAUUUGUGGCCGCCGCCUGUGUGCUAGUACCUAGCUGUCGGAACACUGAAUCUAAUGAGACGACGAUUUACCCAGAAUAUCUUAAUUCGACUGCGAUCGCUACGACGUUGAUCAACAUCUCAGAGACAGAGACGACGGAAGCGGCGACUACACCGGGAACUGAGCAGACACCAUUGGGAAACGCGACUGGCCCGUUCCAGGGAUUAACGCAAAAUCCGGGGUCAGCACCUAAUCAAAGGGAAUUCGUUUCCCCAAGCACUGUCGCCACGGAGACGGCGGCUUCAGUUACACCGAUACCCACAGCCCUUAUUACCAAUGUACCGACCAUCAAGCCUACGAUUAGCAAGCCUAUAGAAACUUCUGCAACUCCUACUUUAGAUGGCUACGUCACAAGUACAACGGCUACAGUUACAACAGUGGAAAUUCUUCUCUCAAGUAAAAGUAUAAUAUCUACAACAUUACAGACAUUUUAUGUAACCAGCUCCUCUGAUAAUAGUACAUCUUCCUUAGCGGAUAUGUCUUGGACUCAAUUCAAUAUCAUCAUCCUGUCUGUGAUUAUAAUUGUAGUUGUGCUCUUAAUGGGAUUUGUGGGAGCUGUGUACAUGUAUAGAGGAUAUCAAAGUAGGAAGCUAAAUGCUCCCUUUUGGACCAUUGAACUGAAAGAGGACAACAUCAGUUUCAGCAGUUACCAUGAUAGCAUUCCCAAUGCUGAUGUCUCUGGACUCUUAGAAGACAAUGGAAGUGAAAUCGCUCCAAAUGGCCAUCUGACGCUUUCUGCUCCAAUACACAGCUACAAAGCCUGAAAGAGAAACUUUUAUAUCUAGUAUCACUAGGAGAAUGGAACUUUGACUGAAGAACUGUAUAUAUUGAGCAAGGAAAGGAAUAAUUUGCUCAAUAUGUAAAAUUACAUUUUGCAUAAAAUGUGGGUUUUCGGUUUGUUUUUAUAAAACUGUCUUGCUGUUCACUUACAAAAGGAAACAACUUGAGCUUGAAGCAGAAAAGUGUUUUUUUUUUUAGGGUUAUUUAAGGGGGCAUAUAUAGUUGUGUUUUACUGCAUAAUUUGUUCUAUUUGCCAUUUAUUUUCUUUCCUUCUAAAUUAUGUCUUCCACCUUUUACUAUUGGCUUUGGGAAAAGAAAAAAUUUUUUUUUUUCAAAUAUCUGCAAAGGUAUAUAAAGACUAUAUAAACCAUUUUAUUAGUAAAUUUAGAUGAAGUACAUUAUUUUAGAGAAUUUACGUUCUGGUUUCUUUCUGCAGUAUGUCAGAAGUAAAUAUAUUUAUGUGUUCUGGGGGUCCAAUAGUUCCUAUUUUUUGGCCUCAAUAUACAGUAAUUUUCCAAUGGAUGAGCUUCAUUGCUAAAGUAAAAUAAUGGUUCCCAACUAUUUUGGUGCUGUAACCAAUGCCAAAGUAAAUGCUACCUGAUUUUUUUUUUUCUUUCAUGAGACCCCGGUUUUAAGAUACUGUAACAUAUUAAACCAGCCUUGGGGGGGGGGGGAGUUUUAACAAGGAAUACAAAUUGCCUGUACACUUUAGCUUUCCAGUACAGUUCAUAUAUCAUUGCUAUGCCAGUCUCAACAUAUUAUUUAGUUUGUGACCAUUUACCACUAAAAUCUAAUUACACAUCCAGCUUUGCAACUGGUUUUGACUCCCUUGAAUAUAGAAAAGAUAUGUUGUCUUUAGGGGUUGGUAUCAAAAUACAGUCAGCUGUACCCUGGAGAUGAAAAUAUAGACACUUAAUAAUUAAUAAAGUCAACCCUAAUUCCUAAGCCCCCUAACCCACCUUUCCCAAAGCGUGAUCCUAACGGAAUCCCACCCUCUUGCAGCCUAACCCUCCCUGGGGCUGCUUAAAGUUCCCCUCCGCAGCCUAAACCUAACCUUCCCUUCCGUAGCCUAAACCUGAUCUGGGUCCUACUACCAAUUCUACAAAGUGAAUUUAACACUGAAAUGUGUUCUAUCCUUCUCUGCUAUGCCAUACUGUAGGAAAUCCCUGCUUUGGUCCCUCCACAGUAUGAACAUUGAAGUUUGGUAUUUCCUGUGUCUGUAUGAGCAAAUAGCAGAUGCCCAACUUCUAUAUAAAGAAUAAUAGCAGAUGCCCAACUUCUGUUUAAAGAAUCCAGUUUUCACCAUUGAAUGGUGACCGUUUAAUAUUCUCCAUUCACUAAAUUUGAUGACCUUUUUGUGCACCACUAAAUGUGAGAACGAAUUAUGGAGUUACUGUUUACUCAACAUUUGCAAUAUCUACUUGAAGUUAUGGUAACAGAUUGUGAGUUCCCAAUCCUGGUCCUUGUGCUGUAAAGCGGACCUAGAUCAUGGUGCUCCCACUGCCGUUAUUUAUGGUUGGGAGGAACGUUAUUUAUUGCUGUACAGGGUUUUGUUUUCUUUAAACAUAGCACAUUUAAUUUAUGUUUUAAUUCAACUUCAGUCUUAUCUUUGUACAGAAAUGUUAUUCCGUAACCUCUUGGAUUUUUUAUUCAGCAAAAACAACAAAUGUUAAUUCAUUGUGUUUAAUAAAGGGGUGGAAAAGAAA